AUUCAGUGUGUAAUGAGUGUUGAAUGUAUACAGUGUAUAAUGAGAGUUAAAUGUAUUCAGUGUAUAAUGAGAGUUGAAUGUAUUCAGUGUAUAAUGAGAGUUAAAUGUAUACAGUGUAUAAUGAGUGUUAAAUGUAUUCAGUGUAUAAUGAGUGUUGAAUGUAUUCAGUGUAUAAUGAGUGUUGAAUGUAUUCAGUGUAUAAUGAGAGUUAAAUGUAUACAGUGUAUAAUGAGUGUUAAAUGUAUUCAGUGUAUAAUGAGUGUUGAAUGUAUACAGUGUGUAAUGAGUGUUAACUGUAUACAGUGCGCGUGUUUAUGGUGUGUAGUAGUUUAUCAGCGGUCCCUCCGCGUGGCCACGCCCCUCCCCGCUCCACUCCGGAAGAGCUCGCGCUGUGUGAGUGUGUGUGUGUGUGUGUUGUGUACAGUGAGUGUGUGUACUGUAGAGUGUGUAGAGCGUGUGUAGUGCUCUGUGUGUAGUGUGUGUGUGUGUGAGUGUGAGUGUGUGUGUGUGUGUGAUGGUGCGGGGCCGCAUGGCCGCGGUGAUGUGCGGCGCGCUGCUGCUGGGUCUCGCGCUGCUGCUGGCGCUCACGCUCAACUGCAGCCGAGCGAAGGACGUGGUGGCUGCAGCUCGCACCCCGGUGCGGUUCUUCUCCCCUCAGGUUCCUGUGGUUGACCUGUUCCUGGGUCAGCAGGAUCAGGCAGAGCGGCUGAGGGAGGGGGCCGAUGUGUGUGUGCUGGUUUAUUACGCCCCCUGGUGUGCGCACUCCAUCAGGGCACGGGAGCAGGUCCAGCAGGUGGCGCUGCGCAUGGCCGACCAGGUUCAGUUCAUAGCGGUGAACUGCUGGUGGAAUCAGGGAAAGUGCCGGAAGCAGAAGAACUUCUUCCGCUACCCCGUUAUUCACCUGUUCUACAGAAGGUUUGGUCCUAUAGAGUAUAAGGGUCCCCUCGUCGCUGAGUACUUGGAGAGUUUCAUCAGGAGGGUCUCCACACCCCUCACAUACCUGCCCACCCACACCGCUCUCAACACCUUCAUAUCCCACCACGAGCAGGGCGUCGUCGGGUUCUUUGAAUUUAAUUCGUCUCCUCAGCCUCCCGGUUACAUCACCUUCCUCACCUCCGCACUGCACGCGCUCAGAAGAGAUUCUCAGGGGGCGGUGCGUUUUGGAGUAGUGACCAAUCAGGAGGUGGCAGAGGGCAUUUCGGUCAGAGAGGAUGAGAGUGUGUACCUGCACCGCCGAUUCAACACCUCACUGGUGUUCUCGCGGGCGGGGAGGAACUUCACUGCUGAGGAGAUCUGUAACUGGGUCUACGAGAACAGAGAGAGCGUCGUUCACUGGAUCCAGCCAAAGGGAGCGAAGAGCUACUCCCUGGAGGCGGAGCUUCACAAAGGACCCGCCCUGCUCACGUUCCUCCCACACAAUCCACUCACGGCCAGUCAUCACCUGCUCUCUGAGGUAGCGGACAUAGCUCUGCGUUAUCACUCAUGUUGUGUAUCGGAGCUCCAGACGGAGGGUGGGGUCUCAGCCCCCCACUCAGGGUCCCCCCUGCCUGGGCCGCGGUGCUGCCAGUCCCUGCUAUUGCCCAGCUGGAGGUUCGAGUCUGCUAAUGCUAGCGCUAACACUAGCAUCUGCGAGCUGUGCGUGAACCGCUUUGCUCCGGGUUCUACCUCACGUCCCACCCUGCCGCGUUCUCACUGCUCAGUGAUGGAGCUGGAGGCGGUUCUGGACUCAUAUUUGAGAAACGCUGUGGUUCCAGCGCCCCCUACCUGCACCAAUGUGCAGAACACCUACAGCCCCUUCAGCCACUACAGCGCCUGCUGCCGGACCUUCCCUGCAGAUGCCCGGACCCCAGCGUGGGCAGGGCCACACUGCCUCCCGGUGGUGGACGCAGUAUCAGGUCUGCGCUGCCGGACCAAUAAGACGCUGCGGUUUUACCUGCUGGACUCGCACCUGUCCUGGCCUCUGGCAGAAAGGCUCGGAGCGCUGAGCAACCGCAGCACAGACACCUUCACCACCAUCGUUAACCUGAGGGAUGAAACGCACUACGUCCUGGAGAACGCCAGGAAAGACUCACUAGAACGCUUCAUCCUGAACUUCAGCGCCCCCUACAGCCCCCUCCACAGACACCUGGUGGGCCACAGAGAACUACAUCCCCCAAAAUCCCUCAUUCAGGAAGUGACCACAGGCUCCUUUAUGGACACAGUGAUGGACCCUGAGAGGGAUGUACUGCUGUUCUACUACACAGGUUGGUGUGGGUUCUGUACGGUUCUGAAUCAUGUUCUCCUGCAGCUGGCUCGACUCUUUCAGGGAAACAGCGCCCUCACAGUGGCCAGGGUGAACGUCGGCCUUAACGACCUGCCCUGGGAGUUCAUGGUGGAUCACCUGCCCUCCUUUCUCUUCUUCCCCAAACACAGGAAGCAGAUGAGCGUGAAGUUUCCAGACUCCUCCCCAGUCACGGUGCCCAACCUGCUGCGCUUCAUCCUGCGGCACACAGGCCACGCCCCCGGCAUCCAGGGGGCGGGUCCGAAGUCCCUGCUGGAGGCGGAGCUGCGCGCACUGCAGGGGGAGGUGCUGUCCCUGCAGCAGGCGCGGGAGCGGCUCUCCCAGCAGCUGGCCGCUCUGUGGCGGGAAAACCGCCGGCUAGCGCUGCACAUGCGGGCGCUGACCUCCCACAACGCCGAGCUGCAGUCCCACAAUGCCGAGCUGCAGGCUCAGAGUGGCCGGCUGGAGACGCUGUACCGCGAGAAGAGCCGGCAGCUGGCGGACGCCGUGAACCGGCUGCAGGAGCUAGCUAACGCUUCAGAGGAACUGCUGACGGAGAACUCGCUGCUGAAGGUGCUGCUGACGGUGCUGAAGGAGAGAGAGAGGGAGAGCGAGGGAGAGCAGAGCGACGGAGGAAGGAAGAAGGGAACGGAAGAGGCUUCCUGACGGACAGCGGGAGAGUCGGGAGGCGUGGCGCUGAGGGCCGAGCUGAGACGGCAGCCUGUGGACGUCAGCAGAGGAGAGGAAACGGCGCAGGAAUGUGGUGAAAGUUAAAAUGGGCAGUUUUUCUCGUUAGUCUGAGGAUCAUCAGCUCAGCUGAAGUCGGUCGGUGUCUGAGAUGCGCUUGUUUAGGUUCAUCGCUGGAGCUGCGAGGCUGAUGUAGCUGAUAGAUUGUGUGAAUCCAGCGCUUCACAAAUAAACCGAUUAGAGAGCUGUUUUUGUUGCCACCUAGUGGAGGCUUAGAGAACUGCAGGUACUGUAUUCUACUGAUAUACAUAUAUCGCUGCUGUCGGAAGAUCUCCAGUUUUUAUGUUUUUCAGUGUUUGACCUGAUUUGAAAAUACCUGUUACCCUUUACAUUGUGUGUAAAUCUCAUGAUGAAUGGACCAAAAGAA